GACAACUCCAUCAAUCAGGCAAUUAGACAAGUGAGCAGGGGACUAUAAAAUGGUGGCAAGAUUGUGAACUUAUAUCACAAGAACACAUUUUUCAUUUUUCUCUUUCAAACAUUUUUGCAGAAACAUGGAGAACAAAUCAAAUGAGGGGCAAGAAAAGCAGCAAAUCCCACUCCUCACACCCUACAAAAUGGGAAAGUUUGAGCUUUCUCACAGAAUUGUUCUGGCACCACUGACUAGGCAGAGAUCCUAUGGCAAUGUCCCUCAGCCACAUGCUGUAUUGUAUUACAGCCAAAGAGCAACAAAAGGUGGUUUUAUGUUGACUGAAGCCACUGGAGUUUCUGAUACUGCACAAGGGUACACACAUACUCCAGGUAUAUGGACCAAGGAACAAGUUGAGGCAUGGAAGCCUAUUGUGGAAGCAGUUCAUGCUAAAGGUGCAGUUUUCUUUUGCCAAUUGUGGCAUGUUGGCAGGGUCUCUAACACAGAUUUUCAGCCAAAUGGACAGAAUCCAAUAUCAUGUACAGACAAAGGAAUAACUUUACAAUAUAAAGCCAAUGGCACGGAUCUUGUGCAUUUUUCUCCUCCAAGACGUUUAAGAACUGACGAGAUCCCACAAAUCGUCAAUGAUUUCAGACUCGCCGCAAGAAAUGCUAUAGAAGCUGGUUUUGACGGGGUCGAGAUCCACGGGGCCAACGCCUACCUAAUCGACCAGUUUCUCAAGGACCAAGUCAAUGACCGUACGGACCAAUACGGAGGAUCGCUCGAGAACCGUUGCCGGUUUGCGCUCGAAAUACUCGACGCCGUGACUAACGAAAUCGGGUCCCACAGAGUCGGAAUUAGGCUAUCUCCUUUCACGGACUUCAUGGAGUGUGUCGAUUCGAACCCUAGUGCUCUCGGGCUUUACAUGGCCCAUGCACUAAACAAAUACAAUCUUCUUUAUUGCCAUGCAGUCGAGCCGCGAAUCGCAAGUGACGAGGAAAAAUCACCGAGCCUUGUCCCUAUGCUGAAGGCUUUUAAAGGCACGUUGAUUGCGGCCGGAGGUUUCGAUCGUGAGGAUGGGAAUAAGGCCGUGGCUGAAGAUCGUGCGGAUUUAGUUGCAUUUGGCCGGUUUUUUUUGGCGAAUCCUGAUUUGCCGAAAAGGUUUGAGAUCAAUGCCGGGCUUAAUAAAUACGAUAGGGAGACUUUUUACACGGCUGAUCCGGUUGUUGGGUAUACCGAUUACCCAUUUCUUGAACAAAUCGCGUGAUUAUUUAGUUUUUUUCCAUGGGAGGGGGAAGAAAGGUUUUUAUCUUCCCCACUGUUUUUUAUUCUAAUGAUUUGAAGAAUAAUGAGUAAUGUAAUGUAAUGCGCAUUUUGCAGUGUAAUCCAAAUUGCAGAUUCAAGUGAUGUCAAGUAGAAGGAAUUCCCUCUUUAUCAGCAUAUGCUAAGUUAAUCUCAUGAAAACAGCGAACACAAAAUGAAGUUGAAAAUUAAAUGAAUCUCAUUCAGUGACUUUUAUUCUCAAUUUUUGGCAAGUGUUUUUUUGUAAUCCGAGGGCCCUUUAUUGUGUUUUAAUUGAUAUAGAAACAGUAAAAUGAU